ACUAAACUUAUUUCCGUAGAAAAUAAAGGAAAAAAGCUAAAUGAAUACUAUUCAAAACAUAAAAUGUGCCCAACUUUCAAAGCUAACAGGUGUUCUACGAAUGACUAGUGUUCGUAUCUCUCUUUUUAUCCUCCUCUAGUAGACAUAUUUUAAAAGCAAAGCAUACUGUAAGAUGCAGCGUGAAAAGCUCUACAAGUUACAUUAAGAACCUUAUUUUAUAUAUGCACUUUUUGUUUUCAAAAUAAUCAAAAUUCUGUGAGAUCAGUUUUCGACUCUGCGAACAAGAGCAGUUUUUUGGUACAAUACGAAUUCGUUUUUCUUAUUUCAACUUUGUAUCAGCUAAUAUAUUCUUUUCAAAGAAAACUAAAUAUGCCACAAGAUCCAGUGUGAAAAGCUCUACCACUUACAGAGAACAAGUUAUUUUAUAGACAUGCAUCUUUUGUUUUUAAAAUAUGCAAAAUUCUGUGCGACCAAAAAAUGGUCUUUUUUGCAGAGUAGAAAACUGGUCGCACAUAAUUCUGAUCAUUUAGAAAAUAAUAAGUGCAUUCAUAAAAUAAAGUUCUUAAUGUAGCUUGUAGAACUUUUCACGCUGCACCUUAUGGUGUACUUUGUUUUUAAAAUGCACCCUACUUCAUAAUUAAAAACGGUAUCCACAUACCAAGCAUGCAUGGGACACUCGCUAGCUUUGAAAGUUGGGCACUUUUUAUGUUUUGAAUAAUAUUCAUUUAGCUUUUCUCCUGAACUUUCUACAGAAAUAACUUUAAUUAUGGUUUUGUAGAGAAUUUCACGGCGCAUCUUUUGGUAAAACAAGCAGCUCUAAAGAUCAAAAAGAAAAAAAGUUAUAAUCAAAAUACUGAGACAUUCAUUUAUUCUGGGCCACCCGUUAUUUGGAAUAAAAGCUGCUUCUAUUCAUUGAUGAUUAAUAAAGAUUAUUUUUUUUAUAUUAACUUUCUGUAUGCUAAGUAGAUCGAUUUGUCUUUCGCUUUCUUCGAAUAUGUGAGUGAAAAGGAAACUCAACUUUUCACUUUAGUUUGAGGAAAGUAUUCGUUUUCGACGACAGAUUUUGCACCUCUGUGUCAUGAUCUGUGAUAAUCUCUUCUUAGCACUGUAAAGGAUGGUACAAAUUUUUUAUCUUUAUACUUCAACACUGCUUUGAGAUUGUGUUUCACAGAAAAAAAAACAAUUUACUAGAAUAUUUUUUUUUCUAGUGGUUUCAAUACAACUGUUGAUGUUAAAUUACAACAAUGGGCUGAAAAAGAAUUACCACGUCAAUGUGUUCAUAUUGGUCAUCUUGUAUUACUUGAUGAAUUUCAAGGAUUAAUUGAACGUGAACAAAAAAAAAGUUCAUAUGAUUCCAUAACUAAUGAUUUAAAAAUGCAUGUUGUUCAAGCAUGUCGUUCAAGACAUCAAUGGGAUUCUAAAGCACUUGAUUCACUUAGAGUUAUACAAAGUCAAGCAUUACAAGAUCGUAAUGUACCAGAUAAACAACAAUGGGAAUCAGCUACUAAAUUUAUGGAAAAUGUUUUACGUAAAGAAUUAGAACAUGAAGAAUCCGAACUAUUGUCAAAUAUAAAUCAAAGUUCAUGGAAAAAAUUAAUCGGUCUUCAAAGAUCGACUAUUGAAGAAAAAUAUCGACAGCAAUGUGUUAAAGAAUUAGAUAAAGUCUUAAUGAGUAGACAACAAUUAGAUCAAACAACAAAAGCUAAUCAAGUGGUAUGA